CGGCUCGUUUCUCGAAAGUCGAAACCCGACCCCAGCCUGUAAUGACGAAAUCCCAACUUCGCCCACAGGCCACAGCACUAGCUCCUUAGUCGUCGUAAGUCGUAUCUUCUUCUAAAGUUCUAAUAUUCCCAACUGAUUCCAGAGCUUCCAUUCUCUUACCGCUCUCACUUCCAAAAUUGAAAAGCAAAAGCAACUGAUAUCUACUAGUCUUUGGUUUCAAUUACUGAUGACUAGCAGAGGCAUUAGGGUUUUGUUCCUGAUCUUUGAAAAGCUUUGAAUUUUGCUUAACAAAAUGCGUUCCAACUAUUUUCGAAGCUUUCUCGCUUUUCUUCUGAAGUUCCUGAAUUUCUUACAAACCUUUGUCGGGGUCUCCAUUAUAAUCUACUCCGCAUGGAUGCUCAAUCAAUGGAACAAGCACUCUCAGAAUCCUCUUCCUUCUCCUCCUCCUCCUCCUUCGGCUCCGUCACCGGAGCUUCCUGUGCCUCUUUUGUUGAAUUCGGAUAUGGUUAGGGUUUUUGGGCAGAACCUUCAGUUGAACUUGGCGGCAGAAUUGGUUUCUGGGCUAGACGACGGGCUCCAAUUUGAAUUGAACAAACUUCCUGCUCCAUGGUUCAUUUACUCUUUUAUGGGAGUUGGCAUCCUGCUAUGCUCAAUUACUUGCAUUGGCCACAUUGCCGCUGAAUCAGUCAAUGGCUGUUGCCUUUGUUUUUAUACCCUACUUAAAACUAUUCUCAUUUUACUAGAAGCAGCUUUGGUGGCUUUUAUUGUAUUUGUUCAUAGCUGGGAGAAGGAACUUCCAUAUGACCCAACUGGGGAACUUGACAAUCUGCGAUCAUUCAUUUUGAAUAACAUUGAUAUAUGCAAGUGGGUUGGCAUCACUAUGGUUACAAUUCAGGCACUUUCUCUGCUGCUGGCACUGAUCUUGCAGGCCAUGGUUUCCACUAGGAGACGUGACUAUGACAGUGAUGAUGAUUAUGCUAUUAUUAGGGGUAGAACUAGGCAGCCACUAUUGAAUCCGCAAAUAAGCCAGACAACUGGUUCAACCUCAGUUAACAGCAAAGGAACUCACUCUGACAUUUGGAGUACACGUAUGAGGGAAAAGUAUGGAUUAAACUCAACAGAUGCCAAAUGUGGUUUACUGGACCAGAAUUCGCCACUUACAAGCGGUGAAAAUCAGAAGAGAUGUUCUAUAAUGUAGGAGGGAGAAAUGGGCUGCCAGUUGUGUUGUGACUUGUGAACGUGUGUCAGCAAAUACUUGUGUUAAUUCUUUCUUCGUGUCUGCCCUUCUAAAAAGAUCUCUGAUGUACAUAAGCUCGUGAAGAGUGUGCUUGUUAUCUACAUUUGGUUUACGGGUGGUGAAAAUAUGAUGAAUGUUCACCCUUAUUGAAAAGAGAGGCUUGUGGUUGGGCCUCUAAGCAUAAUAUAAUUUCGUCUAAAAAUUUCCUGAAAUGUCCAAUUCAUGUGAAAACUUUUGAAUCCGAUGCGUGUGGAGACUGUUGAUUCUCUUUGUAUAUUAAUUCUUUAAGGAUUUGUGAAUUUGAUGUGCAUGACAGUAUGAGGGUGUCAAUUCUCCUUGUAGACUCAAGUUUCAAGUUCAUUGAAGGGUUAAUGGCUGUAUUCAAUUGUUGUAUUUA